UAUAAAAUUUGGUGUAGACACUGAGAAGUUAAAUUAAUUACAAUAUUUAUUUUACUUGCCCCAUAUCAAAGACAUGUUUUAUGCAAGAAAAUGACAUUUUGACCCGAAAACAUGAGGAAUCCCCAAUUUAUGGCCAUCCUGUCAGAAAAAGGACAUGCAAACUUAAUCGCUGUUAUUUAUCCCUUUUGACCCCUGACCUUUAUCCCAACCUCCCAUAUCUGUGAAAAUGUGAUAACAUUUGAGAUUUUUACAGUGUAAUGUCUUACACACUGAGUAGGGCUUUUUUUGCUCAGCAGAUUUUUUUUCUCUUGUGUACUUUGAUCACCUUGCAAAAUAAAUAAACUAAAUGAUCGAGUUCAGUGCCUUUCAGCUCCUCACCUAAAACCCCUCACAUUUACUCUCUCUCCGGUGUCCCGCUGGCAGACCACAGGCUUUGCCUCUCGUCUUGUCUCUUUUCUCUUCAGUGGAAACAGAGGAGAAGAAGAAGAAGGAGAGCGGGGAGUUGGAGAGUGGCACUGCUGCAAGUGACAAAUUAAACGUUGUGAGAAGUACCCCAUUUAAGCUGGACCCCGCCAUCCCCCAGCUCGGGCUCUCCCACUGUGGUACGUCUCAGAUAUAUUGUCGCCCCCCCACCCUCCUCCUCCUUAAUCUCACAGAUUGUCGGCGACUUGCUGCAGUCGAUGCUGCAGUUCUGAGCCGCUCCUGCACCGGAGGGACAGCUGACUCAAUGAGAAAGACAUGCUCGCAUUCGUUCUGGUCUCUGGGUCGCUCUGGAUUAUUUUAGAGCUGAGUUCCACCCUGAUGGAGAAGAUGCAGGCCCAGGAGAUGAUGAGCGGCCUGAGGAUACCGGAGAUGGACGACAUUGGCCAGUUCUUCCGCUCCCUGCCAACGUCCACGCUGGUGGGCAUUGGCGCUCUGACCGCCGUGCUGGCGUACUGGCUGGCCACCAGACCCCGCCCCAUCAAGCCACCCUGCAGCCUGCUGCACCAGUCUGAGGAGGUGCCGCAUGAAGACGGAGGUCGCAGGUCCAUGAUGGGCGACAGGUCCAAGCUGCUGACUCAUUAUCAUGACGACGCCAGGACCAUGUACGAGGUCUUCCAGAGAGGCCUCCACAUAUCUGGUGAUGGACCUUGCUUAGGCUCGCGGCUUCCUAACCAGCCUUACAAAUGGAUGUCCUACAGAGAGGUGACGGCCCGGGCCGAGCACCUAGGUUCAGGCCUGCUGCACCAAGGCUGCCAGCCCAAUCCUAACCAGUUCAUAGGAGUGUUCGCCCAGAACAGGCCAGAGUGGAUCAUCUCAGAGCUAGCUUGCUACACCUACUCCAUGGUGGUGGUUCCUCUAUAUGACACUCUGGGCCCAGAUGCCAUACGGUUCAUCAUCAAUACUGCUGACAUCUCCACGGUCAUCUGCGACAAAGUAGAGAAAGCUCAGGUGCUUCUGGACAAUGUGGAGCGAAAGGAGACUCCGGGCCUGCAGAGAAUCGUCCUGAUGGACGCCUUCGACUCUGCCCUCGUGGAGCGCGGCAGGGACUGCAGUGUCCAUGUGCAGGCCAUACAGGAAGUCGAGGCUCUGGGCAGAGAGCACUACAGAAAACCUAUACCACCAGCACCAGACGACCUGUCCAUUGUGUGUUUCACCAGUGGAACCACAGGAAACCCAAAAGGAGUCAUGCUAACCCAUGGGAACGUGGUGGCUGAUUUCUCAGGCUUCCUCAAAGUAACAGAUAAAGUCAUUUUCCCCAACCAAGAUGAUUGCCUCAUUUCCUUCCUGCCACUGGCUCACAUGUUUGAGAGACUUAUCGAGUCUGUGGUGUACUGCCAUGGAGGACGGAUCGGGUUCUAUCAGGGUGACAUCCGCCUCCUCCCAGAUGACAUGAAGGCCCUGCGGCCAACCAUUUUCCCUGUUGUGCCUCGACUGCUCAACCGCAUGUACGAUAAGAUCUUUAGCCAGGCUAACAGCCCGUUGAAGCGUUGGCUGCUCAACUUUGCUGCCAAGAGAAAAGGUGCUGAGGUCAGCAGCGGGAUCAUUCGCAGUGACAGUAUCUGGGACAAAAUCUUUUUCAGUAAGAUUCAGGCCAGCCUGGGAGGAAGGUUGAGGAUGAUUAUAACAGGAGCGGCUCCUACCUCGCCCAGUGUCCUGGGAUUCCUCAGAGCAGCUCUGGGAUGCCAGGUGUACGAAGCGUACGGCCAGACAGAGUGCACAGCUGGCUGCACCUUCACCACACCUGGAGACUGGACCCCAGGUCACGUCGGGGCUCCGCUGCCAUGCAACCUCAUUAAACUGGUGGAUGUUCCUGAGAAGAACUACUUUGCCUCUAAGGGAGAGGGAGAGGUUUGUGUGAAGGGACCAAACGUGUUCAAGGGCUACCUCAAAGACCCAGAGAGGACGGCCGAGACGCUGGAUGCAGACGGCUGGCUCCACACCGGAGAUAUUGGGAAAUGGUUACCUAAUGGCACCCUGAAGAUCAUUGAUAGGAAGAAGCAUAUCUUCAAGUUGGCACAGGGCGAGUACAUCUCCCCUGAGAAGAUCGAAAAUAUCUACAUCAGGAGUGAACCUGUGGCACAGCUCUAUGUUCAUGGAGACAGUCUGCAGUCCUGUUUGGUGGGAAUUGUGGUUCCUGACCCUGAAGUCAUGCCUGAAUGGGCCAAGAAGAAACGCAUUUUAGGUACCUACAAGGACCUCUGUAAAAACACGGAACUAAAGAAGGCAAUCCUUGAAGAUUUGGUGCGUCUGGGCAAAGCCAGUGGCCUCCACUCUUUUGAGCAGGUGAAGAACAUCUACAUUCACAAUGAGAUGUUCUCCAUUGAAAACGGGCUCCUGACUCCAACACUGAAGGCUAAGAGACCGGAGCUGAAGGAGUUCUUCAAGGAGAAGAUUGACCAGCUCUACAGCAGCAUCUCCAUGUGAAGGCCGGCAGACCUCAUUGUCCCCUAAGCAUCUUAAUACUAAGAUCUGCUUUGACCGUUGACCUGCAGUGGUCAAAGAUGCGACACCUUAGACUUAACAUGCUUUGGGAAAACAAGCCAAAUCUGGCUCUACUGUGGAAGAUUUAAAUGCCUAAAUAAAAAUAAAUCAAAAAAAGAAAUAAAGUGAAAUACAAUGCACAUUGUCAUAUGUAUUUCCUUUUUAUGUAUACAUUUACUGUGUCAUAAUUAAAUGACAACAUAUGUUAAAAGGGCAGUUAUUUAGCUUUUAGUCUUUAAUAACUGUUAAUUGUUUUUCAUUGUGACAUGAAUAUUCCAUGCCACAUUAAAAACAAAUAACAUCAACAAAGGUGUUGCAUUUUUGUUGCACUACUCCAUUUCAGUAUUGUCCAACAGAAAGCAGCAUCGACAAUGCUAAAUCCAAAACAUUGUCAUUAGGUUUCAUUUGAGGGGGCAAGGGGUCUUUGUAUUUUCUAAAAUAGAGACACUUCACUGAUGCCAAAAUGAAAAACAAUCAGCCAUAAGAUCACAAAUUUAGAGAUGGAGCUUGUCUGCAUUGGCACAUUCACUGAUGAUAGCCCUUCACAUUAGAACAGUUUCCAGUGAGUUAGCCAGCUGUUGUGAUGCUACUAUUGACUGUACAUUUAGUUACAUUUAUGAUUAUCUGUAGUUUUAAGGGAUGGAUUGUACUGCAGGAAGUUGUACAAACUUGGCACAAUUAUCCAUAUGUGUUGACAGCUCAUUAGGGUUAGUUAGCUAGGGUUCACUUACAGAAAACACUGAUUGGUUUAACGGAGGAGGAUAUGCUAACACUAAUGGCUGUCUACAAGAUAAAUAACUUGAAUUGCCUUAAGGGCUGAAUGUGAGACUACAGGGUGGAUGUAUUUUGCAGUGCAUUACUUUAUUACUACCAACAAUCAGCUGUUAAUGUUGCUUUUGUUCUACAAAGACAAAAAUUUUUACAUUUUUGAAAAUGUCUUUAAGAAGACCUUUUGUACCUGCAAGUUUGUUUUUUUUUAAAAUCUUAUUUGCAAAAACUUUUAGACCUAUCACUUUCAUCAGCAGUAGUGACGUUAUGUCUAAUUCCAGUGAUAAUAAGCCCAUCGUCAAGCUGUGUUGGCUGUUUUUCAUUUUGGCAUUGACAAUGUGUUUUAAAUGUUAAAUCUUUUUUUAGGAAAAAAAUGGCUUGCAUUGGCUGGACAACACUGAACAAGACAAAAAGUUAAGUGAUUGUCCUUUUAACAUGUUUUUCUUCCGAUUAUGACAUAGUAAAUGCGUAAUACACAAUGUGUAAUGUUUUUCACAUUCUUGGUUAUAUUUGUUUUCAUUUAGUCAUGUUUAAUCUUCCAUACACUGCUACCUGCUAUCCACCCAAACAAACCAUCAAAUGCCCUGUCCCCAGCAGCAGAAACUCAUCAGCACUUUUACGUUACACAAAGUCCAUUCCUACUUCCUUUCACUCUUGCUUCUCUUCUCUCCUCCAUCAAUUUAAACCUACCAGCCAAACAGAACCAAAAUCCACAGUUGUAUGACAGCAAGCGUGAUGUCUUUGUGUAUAGUGUAGCUCAAGGGGAUAUCUACUGUAGAUGUGUGACAAUACUGACACCUUGUGGGACAGCCAAGGACUUAUCCAAAGUGGAAAACAGUAGGACUGACACAACAAGGACUGAAGUUAUGUUUAAACCCAGACAUCAUGCAAUUAGACCAAAAUCCUCCUGAUUGAGAUCAGAAUUAAAUUAAUAAGGUAAAGAGAGUAGCAGCUGGACUGUUGUCCACACUGUUUCAUGUGGAGCAUCUCAAUGUUUGAGCCACAUCCAAUUUCAUGUAUUCAGUCAUUCAUUAAGUCAUCUCUAUAUGGCUGUGAUCAGCAGUUUAGUAUGCAUGCUCCUUGUUUAUAUGAAGGACUGGCCCACUGAAACAGUCAUUGAAGUUCAGACUGCACAGUUGAUAAAUUCACAACUUUCUUUUCAUCCAUCUUUGCACAAAGAGUAUGUCAGGUAAAAGAAAACAAAAAGAAAUAAUGCAAAACCAGGGCACAGGGCAAUGCAUGCAGUUUGCCCUGCAGUGCUGGGACCGUUAGCAUUUGACUUGAAAAAGGCAAAGUAAUUCUUUGUGGCCAUUAAUAGCAGGUUGUAUACAGCUGCCCACAGCCACUGCUGCUAGUGCAAGGCUUUGUAAUGUAGGCAAAGCUGAUGAAUUCCACUCACUGAAGGUAAAUAGAAAAAAACAUCAACUUUUAAACAAAAGAAACAAUUUUUUUGAAGGGGUUUACACAUAGAAGUAAUGUAUAGGCUUUUUAAGUUGAUUACCGUCCCAAAGCAUAAACAAUGUGGAUGUACAUAAAUGAGGACAGCUAGAUGUAAGCAUAUUUAUUAAAUCAAUGGUUUGAAUGGAUUUUUUUUCUCUCUUUUUGCGUGUAGUGAGAUGAAUUGUACUUAUUUAUUUAUCUAUUCUGCUGUAAAAUGGAAUCAGCACCAUAUCCUUGUAAUGAUUGAGUGCAGCAAUAGGGAUGAGGGAUGAUGGGGAAUAGGACAAGGGCAAUGAAAUAAAAGAUAUUCUGGAAUGAUUUUAAA